CAAUGAUAAAGAUGUUUCCAAGAACCUAAAGCCUGUCUUCGUAAGAUUUGGAUAAAGGACUAUAGUCAUUGAAAUUGAGACUGGAAGACCGUUAAACAAUUGAGAGUCCCGCAAUUCAAACAUUAGACAAAAUUCCAUGUACGCUCUUCUCCCCACCCCCUUGCUUGCUUCUCCUCCAAACCCUCAACUCUCCGUCCCUCCGCUGAAAACAAAACCAUUCAGUAAGAGCUUGAGUUCCUCUUGUAAACUCUUGCAUGGUACGCAAAACCCAAAUGCCAGUACAACCCAAUUUGCUGAGAUUUCCAAAGUUUCAGCCUGUGACCAAACAUCUCUUCUCAAUGACUGGCCUCAGCUCCUCCAAAUCUCAAUUGGGUCUGGAGAUUUCUUGCUGGGUCAAGCAAUUCAUGCGUUUUUAGUGAAAUGGGGUUGUCAAAAUGACAACUUUCAGGGCAAUAAUAUGGUGAACUUUUAUGGGAAAUUCAAAAGAUUGGACGAUGCACAACAGGUGUUCGAUGAAAUGCUUGUUAGAAACACAAUCUCUUGGACCUCACUACUAAAGGGGUAUUUGCAGAUUAAUGAUGUUGAAUCUGUCUUUCUCAUUGCGCGUGAAAUGUAUGGGUCUGAAGAAGAGUUCAAUGAACAUACGUGCUCUGUGAUAUUGCAGGCGUGUAACUCGCUUGAGGAUCUUGUUCAAGGGGAACAGAUUCAUGGUUUUGUGAUAAAAUGUGGGUUUGGGGAGAACGUGAUUGUGGGUACUUCUUUGGUUUCAAUGUAUUUGAGAAGCGGUUACUUGGACGAUGCGGAGAAAGUGUUUGAUGAUAUGGCUUACAAGGAUGUCCGGUGUUUGAAUUUCAUGAUUACAGAAUACAGGAAUGCAGGAUGUGGGGAGAAAGCAAUUCAGAGCUUUCUUCAUUUGCUAGAUGCUGGUUUGGAGCCAAAUGAUUAUACAUUUACCAAUAUAAUUAGUUCUUGUUAUAAUGACAUGGGUGUGAAGGAAGGUAGGCAAUUACAUGGGCUUGCCACUAAGUAUGGUGUUGUGUGUGAAACCUCAGUUGGAAAUGCAGUAAUCUCAAUGUACAGCAAACAUGGGAUGGUUGAAGAAGCUGAGAAAAUGUUCUGUAGGAUGGAUGAGAGGAAUUUGAUUUCUUGGACUGCACUUCUCUCAGGGUAUGUGAAGAAUGGCUGCAGCCAAAAAGCCCUUGUUGGUUUUCUAGAAAUUCUCCAGCAUGGAAUUUACUGUGAUUCUAGCUGUUUAGUUACAGUGCUUGAUGGCUGUUCAGAGUGCAAAAAUUUGGAACUGGGAUGUCAAAUCCAUGGACUUGUAAUGAAGCUUGGGUACCUCUCUGAUGUCAAUGUUGGUACUGCUUUAAUAGAUUUGUAUGCCAAAAGCCGAAAUCAGAAGUCUGUAAAACUGAUUUUUAAUGGUCUCUCAAGUCAAAAUACUGCUUCUUUCAAUGCAGUUCUUUCUUUUUUUAUGGAUACAGAUGGAGAUAAUGAAGAAGAUGCUUUUGAUUUGUUUAACAUAUUGAGAUUAGCUGGUUUGGAACCGGAUUCAGUAACUUUCGCACGACUUCUUAGUUUAUCUGCUGAUCAAGCUUGUUUAGUUAGGGGCAGAAGCCUUCACGGCUAUGCCAUUAAAACUGGAUUUGAAAACGAUGUUCCUAUUGGUAAUGCUGUUAUUACAAUGUAUGCCAAAUGUGGUUGCAUUGAAGAUGCUUAUCGAAUGUUUGAAUGUAUGGAGAGCCAUGAUUGCAUAUCUUGGAAUGCUAUUAUCUCUGCAUAUGCCCUUCAUGGGCAAGGCAGGAGUGUAAUUUUGCUCUUUGAAGAAAUGAAGAAAGCAGGAUUUCUUCCUGAUGGGAUCACAAUAUUGGCUGUUUUACAAGCUUGCAAUUACUCUGGUUUAUCGGAGUAUGGGGUUUGCUUAUUCAAUGAUAUGAAGCCAAAAUAUGGGAUUUGGCCAGUGCUUGAGCACUUCGCUUGCAUGGUUGAUCUUUUGGGACGGGCUGGGCAUUUGUCAAAAGCCAUGGAUUUCAUUAACCAAAGCCCAUUUCCGGACUCACCCCUGCUUUGGAGAACUUUGGUCCAUGUCUGUAAGCUACAUCAAGAGUUGAGUAUAGGAAAGAUGGCUUCGGAACGUUUGCUUGACCUUGUGCCCAGAGAAGCUGGCUCUUACAUGCUCGUUUCAAAUAUGUAUGCCGGAGGAGGAAUGUUAGAUGAGGCAGCCAAGGUGAGAACAAUUAUGAACAAACUGAAGGUUAGUAAAGAAGCAGGUUACAGCUGGAUUGAGAUUGAUGAUAAGGUUCAUCAGUUUUUGGCAAGCAGCAAAGAUCACCCAGAGAGUGGAGAAAUUUACUCUAACUUGGAUUUACUAGGGUCCGAGAUGAAAUGUAUAUGUAAUGACAGAACUGAUAUUCAGAUGAUCAGUGAUCUAGAUUAAGUAUGGGGUUUUAGGUUUUAGAGAAAGAAAAAGGAAAGAUUCGUCGUCCUUCUGACCACACAAUGGCACUCAGCAUGUUCGCUUGUUUAUAGCUAUUUGAUCUUUAUGAACUCAACAACUUAAUUUGUACAAAGUUUAGAAGUUUUGGAGUGACGAAAAACCCUGCACUGGAGUUAGCAACAGGUGCAUGUAAUCUAAAUGUUGAUUGGAGUUAGAGCUUGAUGGUACUGAUCAAGGAAUCUUCCCACUGUACAUAUUGUCAUCCAUCAAGGGAUUUUUUCUCUCCCACAAACAUUUCCCGAGUAUGUUCUUCCCUCAAGACAAAUUUUAAUAUAUGUUAUUGCCAUCCAUCUAAAAGGCAGUUGCAUUA